GUAAUCAAUCCUUGUGCAUUCUGAAUUUGCAAAUUUAAUAAUCCUAAAGUACUCUUAAGACUCAUUGCCUGAUAUUUAUUUUGAGCAUAAAAAUAAUAAGAAAAUGAAAUUAUAUCCCCCUGCAAACGAGCUAACCCUAAACUCUUCAUCCACACCGUUCACUUGAAUUCAAUAACAAAUCUACCGUCUAUCGCAGCAGAAAUCAUAACUCAAAAUUGAAACUAACGCCGUAAGUAGAACAAUCACUUGUAUUUCGAAGACUCAAAACAAAACCCCAUUGGAACAAACGCUGCCGUUCCGUUACAAGAAUCCUACGCGCCACCAGUUCCUUCUGUUUGACUGGCCACCCAUGGCGACCCCCUCGACCAUUCCGAUGACAAGCUCUCAAUCGGCGGCGGGUGGUGGGGCCCAGUCACAACCCCCGAUAGCUACGCCCGCUUUCCGUGCUUUCCUCUCACGACUAACAUCCUCUAUCCGUCGGGGAUUCUCCCAACGCCGUCCCUGGUACGAACUGAUCGAUCGGACUGCCAUGGCCCGUCCCGAUAAUCUAACGGACGCCUAUUCCCGGAUCCGCAAAAACCUCUCCUACUUCAAAGUCAAUUACAUAACUAUACUCGCAGUUGUACUCGCUUUCUCUCUCCUUUCUCAUCCACUCUCCCUCCUCGUCCUCCUCGGCCUUCUCGCCGCUUGGGUCUUACUGUACCUUUUCCGACCGUCGGAUCAACCUCUCGUGAUCUUCGGCCGUACGAUCUCCGAUCGCGAGACGCUUGGUGUGUUGGUGGUGUUGACCGUCUUUGUCGUGUUCAUGACCAGCGUUGGAUCGCUCUUGAUCUCUGCGCUCUUGAUAGGAGUAGCCAUCAUUUGCAUACACGGUUCGUUUAGGGUUCCAGAGGACUUGUUCUUAGACGAUCAGGAGCCUUCCAACUCUGGAUUUCUCUCCUUCCUCGGCGGAGCCGCUUCCUCAGCUGCCGCUGCGGCGGCCCCUGCAGUUGCCUCACGCGUGUGAACAGCAGAUCUUUCAAGCUGCACAUGCGCAUGAACUCUUUAUCUUCGUUUAUGGUAAAUCAAAAAUGAUUUACCGUUUUCAUGUUAACCAUGUACAUUCAAAUGACUACAGGAUAUGUACGGAUUGCAAAGUAUUUUGUCCAUGCCCGCUUCUGUAAUUUAUAUUCAACAGAAGUUCCCAUUCAAGUUCGGAUGUGUCUCAAUUGGGCCUUUAUUGAGUAUUUGACCCAUCUUGCCUGUUGAAGAGCCUGAGCCGAUGAUGAUGGAUAUGCCGUCCUUCUUUUAGCAAUCUUGUCACAAAACCUAACCUGAUGAUGAUGACUAAACCUUUUCUGUUGUCAUAAUUCUGGAUUGCUUCGAACCUUUCUAAAAUGGAUUCUCAUCAUUAACUGCAAAAAGGUAACCUCCCCUGCGUCUUUUUCCUCAUCCGUACAGGGUGAAAUCUCAGCCAACAUCGACCAAUCCAAGGGGUGUACAUCAAAGAAGGAACCAUUUCCUUCCUCAAGAUGACAUCAAUCGAUCCCGUUUUGUCAGGUAGUAAAGUAAAUUCAACAGUUGAGAUAAUGACAUCUCAUUUUAA